AUGGCUUGUUACCUGGUCAUCAGUUCGAGACAUCUCAGCAAUGGGCACUACAGGGGCAUUAAGGGAGUCUUCAGAGGUCCCCUCUGCAAGAACGGAUCUCCGUCUCCGGAUUUUGCAGAAAAGGAGAAGUCCACAACAAAGGCUCUGGAAGAUGCAAAAGCAAACUUUUACUGUGAAUUAUGUGACAAGCAGUAUCACAAACACCAGGAGUUUGACAAUCAUAUUAAUUCUUACGACCAUGCUCAUAAGCAGAGAUUGAAAGAAUUAAAGCAACGAGAAUUUGCUCGAAAUGUAGCUUCCAAGUCAUGGAAAGAUGAGAAGAAACAAGAAAAAGCACUUAAGCGACUCCAUCAGUUGGCUGAGAUGCGGCAGCAAUCUGAAUGUGUUUCUGGAAAUGGACCAGUAUACAAAGCCCCCAGGAUCGCUAUGGAAAAGCAGCUCCAGCAGGGAAUUUUCCCAGUUAAGAAUGGAAGAAAGGUCUCCUGCAUGAAGAGCACCCUUCUGCUCAAGGGAAAGAACCUGUCCAGAAGCACCAUAGAUAAGCACCGAUUUACCACUCCUAGCCGACCACAGUUACAACCAGACAGACGGUAUCUGCUUGGAAACAGGAUAACACAAACAUCUUCAGAUAUCAGCAAUGCAAACCCCAGAACAGGCGUUUCCUUUUCCUUUUCAAAAAAAGCCUAUCUAAAACUAGAAUCCUCAGCCUCAGUUUUCAGAGAGAACACAGAAGACACCCAUGAUUGCAACAAGUCACCCACCUAUAAAGUCAAACACACCAUGGAGAAAUGCAUGUGUUGCAGGUUUGCAAAUGAUGGCCCACACCUUGCUAAGGAAAGAGGUGCCAUAUCACCAAGCCAUCUGGAGGGUGUUUUGAACAGCAGUUUCUCAAUGAACUCCAAAAUGUCACAAAACAAAAUUGAAUCUCUAAAUGAGAGACUGAAAGAUUCAUCAGGUAUUCAUGCUUCAUUCUCUAGGUCGAACCUCCAUCUUUCUGAAAGAGAUUUUACUCUUUCCAGCAGAGAGAAAGAAAUUAGGAAUACAUUGAAGGACACUUCAGAAAACUGCAUUAAUCACCCAUGCCAAACAAAUGAAUCCUCCACUCCACUAAACAUUUGCAAGCACAGGGACAACAGUUGGUGCCAAAGUCUGGAUGAGUUUUUGCCUUCAGGGCCAAGUGAAAAGAAGAUGAGAGCACAUCUGAAUUCUAACUCCAGAAUGGAAGACAGAGUAAAGUCUUUAGAUGAAGCAGAAAGAGUUAGCAACAAUAUGCAAAGACUUUGCACAGAAGGUUGUCCACAUGAUCUGAAAUCCAAACCAUUGCCUUUCCUCCAUGUACAGAGCAAGGAUGGACACACCACUCUACAGUGGCCUACAGAACUUCUGUUCUUUACCAGAACAGAACCGUGCAUAUCUUAUGGCUGUAAUCCAUUAUAUUUUGAUUUCAAGCUUUCUAGAAACACAAAAGAUGAACAUAAUUCAGAAAAUGUAAAAACAGAAUUGGAGAAGAAGGCUUUGGAAAUGAAGCCAAAGACAGACAUCCAUGUCUCAGGUUUAAUUAAAGAACAACAAAAAAUUACCCAAGAUAAACAAUCUCUAAAGCCAAAGAUGCUUAUAGCUAAGCCAGAUUGGGAAAAGUUCCAGAGCAAAUAUAAUUUGGGCUACAAUGAUUCUGAUUCUAGCAUGAGUGAACAUGACAGUGUAAGAGACUUGGAAAUGAGAAGUCCUGAAGUGCCUGCUUACCUUAAUCUGUCUCUAAAGGAGAGCAUAAGGAAGGAAAAUGCUGGUGGCAUUGGAUUUGAGAAACAUUCAAAGGUCCACUGGCAAGGCUGCAAGAGGGCAAUUCUACACAAUGCACAGGAGAGUCUUUCAUGCUCUCCUCACCUCUCUAGGACUAAAAAGCAUAAACUGAAUCCCUGCAGUCCAUGUUCAGAGUUUGAAGGAGAAAACCAGUGUAGCUGGAGUUUGAGUCCUCAUACAUCAGAGGGUCAAGAUGACCACGGGAAGGAGAUCAGAGAGAGUUUAGCUAGCUACAAUAGCAGCGUGGCCAGCAGUGUGUCUCCAAGUGGGAAACAAAAUUAUGACAGAUGUUCUCCAAAUCCACCUCUGAGUGACCAUCCCAGAACUUGGGAUGAGUCUCCCAGAAACAUGUCCAGCUGGAGAAACAUGUGUUCCAGUCACAGGUCCAAUGGCAGUGGCAGCAGUCCUUUGCUCUACGUUUGUAGAAAAGAAUGUGACUCAAUUGAAAGGCAUGUGUGGGGACACAGGAAGCACAAUUGCAUCAACUGGUCGGAUGUGCCAAUAAGUGGUGAAGGUCCUCAGUCAGAAACCCAGAGAGGCAGGAGUGAAAAACUGUGGGAUUCACUGAAGACUAACAAACAACCAAAACACAGAAACUGUCACUGCAGAGAAAGAUAUAAACUGGGUAAAAAACAACAAUUUUCAGGGACCAAGCCCGUGAGAAUUUUCCACUGUGAUUCCAGUUCACAGAUUUCCCUUGACAGAAAGAGUGAAAACCCCUUUAAAGGCCCGGGACCUCCGCACAGCAAAUCAGGCUCCUGUUUGAGACACAGAGCUUACUGCUUAAAUAAAAACAAGAGAAGCCAAAAGUAUUUGGCCAGCCUUCACAUUUGUGAUGUGGAAAAAGUCAAGGGCAGACAAUGCAACCCAGGCAAUCUCAACUGCCUUCUAAGGAACUGUGUAGGUGGCCCUUCAGAAACCACACAACCAAAUAUUCCAGGUGGAGAAGGGCCUUCCCUGACAGCCAAGGGUCUUUUAGAAAGAGUAAAAGCCAAGAAGUGUCAGGAGCAAUUAACUAAGCUUGAGGUCUCUUCAAACAAUGAUUUAAAACAAUCAGAGAUUUAUUCACAAAUCCCACACACAAUUCAGACUGGACCACCAAGCUUUAGCAGAACAGCAUUGCCUUUUUCAGAGAAGACAGAACAAAUGGGCAAUAGGACAAAUGAUAAGGGCAGUAAGAUUCACAAGUCUUUUGACAAAAGCAAAAUCAAAAGUUCACAAAAAAAUAAUUUUACUAUUUUAACAGACACUGAAUGUGAUAACUAUCUCUCCAAAGGCGCGAAUCCAAUAACAGACCCUCACUCUUUAAGCAGAAAAAAGAACCAGGCAACAAAAGAGCAAUCUAAAUCUUCAAUUAGCGAAGGGCAACCUUUUCUUGGAAGUUGCGACCCAGUACCAAAUGAUUUCCUUGGUGCUUUUCCAUCUAACAGAUAUACUGGUGUAACUGAUUCAAUAGAGACCAAAGAGGACCAGAUAAAUCAAGACUUACAAGAUGUAAGCAUGUCUAUGAAUCAAGUAGAGGGGAAUACAAACUCGUACUGUGACAGAACUAUGCAGAAGCAUGACAAAGCUGAGGAUGAAUUAGAAGUGUGUCAUAAAUCUCUCUCCCCACCUUUAAUUCAACAGCCAAUAACAUUUUCUCCUGAUGAAAUAGACAAGUACAAGCUUCUCCAGCUACAAGCCCAGCAGCAUAUGCAGAAACAGCUCCUGUCCAAGCAUCUCCGAGUCUUGCCUGCUGCGGGGCCCACUGCCUUCUCUCCGCCCUCGGCUGUGCAGACAGUUCCGGUCCACCAGCACACAUCCAUUACCACCAUCCACCACACCUUCCUACAGCACUUUGCUGUUUCUGCUUCCAUAAGCUCCCACAGCAGCCCCCUCCCAAUAGCUCAUCUGCACCCACUGUCGCAGCCACAUUUUACUCCUAUUUCGUUUUCAGCCAUGGCUCCAACCAUUAUCCCUGCACAUGCUACUUUCCUAGGACAUCCGCUGCAUUUAGUCACCGCUGCCCCCUUCCACCCAUCCCAUGUAACAUUUCAGACACUGCCUCCUGCAGCGUUUCUUCCCACGUUGUUUGCUCCUCAUUUCAAUCCAGCCACAACUUCUAUUUUCCAUUUGAAUCCUUUAAUCCAACCAGUGCUACAAGAACAAGAUCUUUGCCAUCACUCUUGGUCCAACCAGAUGCAACAGUUAAAUAGUGUGAAAGAGGCCUUAAAUAUGUCAGUACACUUGAACUAA